CUUUCGUCCUUCCCUUUUCUCUUUUUUGGAAUUACAAACAAGACCUAUUCUAUCACGAUGGGUGAUGCUGGAAUUGCCCCCAACCGCGCUGUCAUCCACGGCAUCAAUCCCAACUACCUCGGAUUUGACUAUAUCGGGUGGUACGUUGGCAAUGCGCGCCAGACAGUGUCAUACUUUGUCAAUCACUACGGCUUCUCGGUCCUGGCGUACUGGGGACCAGAAACUGGCUCCUACACUACAACAGCCUAUGUCAUCGGUAACGGGGCGGCCAGGUUCGUUUUCACUGCGCCACUCGCCUCUCCUGAUAGCUCUUGGGAUAUACGAGCUAGUGAGGCUGAGCGCGCAUUCUGUGAGGAAGUGCAUGCUCACCUGACCAAGCACGGUGAUGGUGUCAAGGACAUUGCUUUCCAGGUGGAUGAUGUGCAGGGCGUGUGGGCUCACGCGGUUGAAAAUGGUGCUCAGUCCAUCCGUGAGCCGGAGGUGCUCAAGAAUGAGGACGGCCAAGUGGUCGUUGCUGCUAUUUCGACCUUUGGUGACACAAUUCAUACGUUGAUCAACCGCUCUACCUAUGAUGGAUCUUUUCUGCCGGGGUUCAAGACAGUCAAUCAACCCAACCCUCUGCAGCAGCACCUGCCCAAGGUGGAUGUCAUUGAGAUCGACCACUGCGUCGGAAACCAGCCAUGGAAUUGGCUGGAGAGCAUAGUGCAAUACUAUGAGAAGGCGCUGAAUUUCCACCGGUACUGGACUGUUGAUGACAAGGAGAUGUGCUCUGAUUUCUCGGCGAUGAACUCUGUCGUGGUUGCCUCACCAAACGAGGUGAUCAAAAUGCCAAUGAGUGAGCCAGCGACGGGGAAGAAAAAGUCCCAAAUUGAGGAAUUCUGCGACUAUUACAACGGUGCCGGCUGCCAGCACAUUGCGUUCCGCACCAACAACAUCAUCGAAGCAGUUGAAAGUCUGAAGAGGCGUGGUGUCGACUUUCUCUCCGUCCCAGACACGUAUUACACGAAUGUGCGUGAGCGACUGAAGGAACUGGGCACUGAAGUGGCCGAGGACAUCGACGCACUGCAACGCUACAACAUCCUCAUCGACUUUACUGUACUUUUG